AUGGUAGAUCUAGGAUCAAAUUUUUAUGUGCAAGCUAAAGUACCGGAUACUACAUAUAUUUAUAUAAAUGUUGGAUUUGGAUUUCACGUUCAAUUAACAUUGGAUGAAGCUAUUGCAUUUAUUGAGAAAAAAGAAGCAAUGUUGCAAAAAAGAUCUAAUAAAUAUACACAAGAUAUUGCUAAAAUCAAUGCUCAUAUUAAAGUGGUAAGAUAUCAUUAA